AACUGGAUGCAGAUUAGCUUCACGAUCCAAUUUCAUGUUUCGAGUCAGCGGUAUGAGAAGAUUAUUACGUCCAACCAACAGAUCGAUAAAAAGGCCUUGCAUUCGACGACUCUCGUGCUCCGCACGACGUCGGCGGUGGCGCCGCCGAUUAUUUUGCGUCUGGGCGCCGGUGUCCCGGCAUGCGGUGGCUCCAAAUCCUUCGGCGGCGCCGCCGAGACCGUACCGACCGUACUACCGUACGAAGAGGUUGUGCACCGCCGGUUGUGCACCGAACUGCGGUGCACAGCACAUACAUCGUGCACUUCGACCCCUGUUCUCGCCAUGUCUUCCGUGACUACAGCGACUACAGUGCCGGGGAAGCAGACUACAACGUCGGGUGUUGAUGGUGCUAUUGCUACUGGUGUUAAAAAGACAGCCGCACAGCGACAACGCAAGCGUCGUUCACGUAAGAAACAGCAAGAGGCGAGUGAAGAGGUCAAGAAGCAGAGAUACGAGUACUUGAAGGCAUAUCGUCAAGGGAUGACCGAUGAAAUGAAGCAGCGGAGAGCGGAGAAAGCCAAAGCGUAUCGGCAACGGAUGACCGAUGAGAUGAAGAAGCGGAGAGCCGAAAACUGCAAAGCGUAUCGCGAACGCAGGAAAUCGCGACAAAAGCUUCAAGCCAAACCAGAAGUUCCACGCCAGGCUGGGAGGGGCGAUGAACUGAAGACGACUGUCCUUUCCAGUGAUGGAGGUGCAUGCUCGAAGACAGAGAUCCUCUUCAAGUGCUGUUUCUGCACACAUGCCACCAAGGAUCAGCGUGAACUCCUCGGUCACCUGGUUGUCCAUGGUGACGAACAACAACUCGAGUGCCAGCACUGCCCAGAGUCGUCUUCCAAGGCGGAAGAUUUAAGAUGUCACACUGAGCGACAAAGAUUUCUUGACUGUCAACCGAUUGAUCACAUUCCAUUGCGCACAUGUGAAAAGCCUUUCAGGUGUAAGCAAUGUUUCCAAGCCUUUACUUGGAAUAAGCCUUUCAAAUGUGCCAGCUGCCCGAAGGUAUUCGCCCAAGGCGUAGAGUGUAUAGCCCACAUUCGAAGACACACAGGCGGGAAGUCAUUCAAAUGCGAGCAAUGUCCCAAAGCCUAUAGAUCGCGUGCAAACUUGAUGCGCCACGUGCGAACACAUACGGGGGCGAGAACUUUGAAGUGCAUGUAUUGUUCCAAGGAAUUUACUCAUAUUUCCCUUCUUACGUCCCACAUGCGAUCACACUCACGCGAGAGGCCCCACAAAUGCGAGCAAUGUCACAAAGCCUUUCAUGAGAAAGCGAGACUGAAGCGGCACAUGUUAAUACACACGGGCGAAAGGCCUUACAAAUGCCAUCAAUGUCCUAAAGCGUUUACUGUGUACGGGAACCUGACGCAGCACCUUCAAACGCACGUGGGCACUAGGCCUUUCCAAUGCGAGCUAUGUCCUGAAGCCUUUAGUACACGUGGCACCCUGACCAAGCACAUUCGAAUUCACAGUGGCGAGAAACCUUACAAAUGCGAGAAAUGUUCCAAAGCCUUUAAGGCAUGUGGGAGCCUGACGAAGCACAUUCGAAUUCACACGGGUGAGAGACCUUACAAAUGCGACAAAUGUCCCAAAGCCUUUUGUGCACUUGGGACACUGAAACAGCACAUUCGGACGCACACGGGUGAGAGACCUUACAAAUGCAAGAAAUGUUUCAAAGCUUUUGGUGCGCCUGGGACCCUGACGGAUCACAUGAAAACGCACACGGGUGAGAGGCCUUUUAAAUGCGACCAGUGUCCCAAAGCCUUUAGCGUGCGUGCGAACCUGAAGCAGCACACUCGAGCGCAUCAUACAAUGUCGUACAAUGGCACAUCUGAUCACUUGCCAUAGUCAGCCGACCCGAGCAGAGGGGAGUGAUACGUACGAAAAAGGAACAGCCUGGGUAUUGGGAGCAUGCGACAGGACAGUGGCAUCACGGUGUGGCUCCUAACAGAAAUGUCCCAUAUAGACAUUGGGUGUAGCGGCUGACCUAAGUUCAUAAUCAUUGCUAUCUUGCAUAGGCACAGAGCAAUACAAAACGUUCAAGGCCACAGUUGGCACUAACGUUUUUUUACACGAGACCCGGAAAUUAAGAACAAGUCCCCUCCAUGUGCUGGUGAAAACAGAUCUCAAUCCCAGUUUGUCUACUCAAUUUGCAUUCUAAGUGCCGGCUGUACCAAGACCGCUGAGCGCAAAUCCUCGAAAACCUAAGCUCAGUUUCGGUUUCGUUCUCUUGCACCGAAAUUGCUUAUCGCUCAACCUGUCACUAAACCAUGCCUAUCAUAAGUGCUCAACAUUAGGCGCUUCGCUUUUGGUUGUUUUAAUGCGUUAGCAUUAGAACGCUCGUUUUGACGAAAACCCAACGACGUCUUUUGUGUGCGAACGUCGGGAAGAGAGGGAGAAGGAGGGGGAGAGGACGACACAUGCGACGCUCCCAUUGGUCUGAAGUGCUGACAUCAGCAUGCGUCAACCCCUCCCUCUCUCCCCGGCGCUGACAAACUGACAGACACUGCCGGGUUUUCGUCAAAACGAGCCCCUUCGUUUUCGGUUAAGUCAUGCGGACAGCUGGCACGGAGCCAGAGAGGCGGAGGCACCACGCAACACCUCCGAGAUAGCAAAGCUGUAGUGCUGAAUGUGAUAGCGUCAUCAGAGAAGGCCAACGUUCGACACAGAUUGCAAACGAGUGCUGCGUUUCGAGUCAGGUUUGAGCCGAACGUUGAUGCAAUCGUCGUAUCCAAUUUGUGUCCAGGGUUAGCCAUCUCUGGUGACCAUCUCAUCUAGCACUACAGCAUUGUUAUCUAUAAGGUGUUGCCUUGCAGUGCGGUGGAAUGCAGGCGUGCUCAGUUGCCGCUCUGCCAUCGCUGGUUGUUCUCCGCUCUGGGUUUUCCCUCCAGCACAGAAAAUUAAGAUGGCUUGGACUUCAGUUUUUGAAUAAAGUUUUCCUCCUCUGGGUUUUCAUAGUAGUGGCGCGUGGGCUGUGAUGUCUGUUUGUAGGUAAAACAGUGGAUGCGGUUCCCUUCACGAGUGAUAUGGAUAUGGUUGCUUUCACGGGCGACAUGGAUGACCGUAGUACCCAAGGGCGUCAACAUACUAUGGACAAGCAGAGUACAGAAAAUGGGUGGAAAAAUUUACAUUAAGAUCCAUUGGUGGAUUCUUAAGGAAUUCGUUAGCAUGACCGUCAGGAAACACCACAUACGUCCCCCUUUGGGAAACGCUAACACUGACCCCGUAACGAGGCCAAAAAGUGGCAGCGAAAAAUAGAGGAAGCAAAAGAGAAAAGUGAAGGGGUCAGUGUUAGCGUUUCCCAAAGGGGAACUUGUGUGGCGUUUCCAAGGGUCAUGCUAACGCAUUCCUUAAUCCACCACUGGAUCAUCCUGUAUUUUUUUAAUCCUGGAUUUAAAACACGGCGAAUGGUUUGUGGCGAUCAACGUGGUGGACAAAAGUGGUUGUAAUAAAUGUUUUACGCUGCAACAGCAUGAAAGUGUCGACAGAAUGACUUUUGAUAAUGACAAGGAUGCAAACUAUUGUCAUGUGAAGUGUUUAUAGACUCCUUUUUUCAAAUUAGCUCUCCACUGAGAGUGCGUGUUAAGCUUAACCCGGGAUGGUAUGCAGCUGUGGGGCUCACGUCAGUCUUCCCGUUGGUUUUUCCAUCAACGUGCUUAUUCGUAUGUAUUUGUGCAUAUCUGUAACGUAUUGCUAUUUACAACCUUGUUUAUUUUUACUUUCAACACAUUUCAUUCAGUACAUUUCUGCCGUUCGCGUCAGAUUGCGGCGAACAACUCGUUUAAAUAAUAAAACGGCGAAAAAUGUCAUUUUGUUUGUUUUUAGACCCUUGGGACAAUUUGCAUUCAAGUUCCCUUGUCUUGAGGUGAGAAUUUUAGCUUCAGAAAACUGUCGCUCUACAAUUUUAACUUUUCUGGCGAUCGCACCUUGUGGAGAUAUUUGUGUUUAUACCUUUCCUUCGUGGCGACAACAAAUCAAAACAACUAUGAUGCGAGAUUUGUUCAGCACUGUAUUGGGGCAGGCUGUGGCAGGUGGUGCAAAAAGACUAUUGCUCUCGUCGACACAAUGUGAUGAACUAGUAGCAGUCUUCGCAUUUAUCGCUGCUGUCUGUUCAGCUAGGUAGAGAACUGCAUUAUCUACAGUGAACACCAGAUCUGCCUGUUACCACUUGCAAACGAGCUCAUGGCUGUUCUCUAUUGGCAGGAAUAA